AUGGCUGCCAAACAGAAAGGCAAAAGGAAAGUCAGAGAUGCAAAGAGAAAGAAAAUCCAAAAGAAGCACCAACUAGCUAAGCGGAGGCAGAAGAAACUGCAGCCUAGGAAACAGAAGAAGCACCAGGCUCGUCCUAAGCGUCGGGUCAAGCAGUCCUCUGCCACCAAGUCAGUGGACAGUGGUCCAGAGAGGAUCUGCUCCCCAAGGCUCUUUGCCGCCAAGGUCCUUCGGCAAAUGCCCAAAGUGCGGAUGGAGGCCAAGGCCAGGAGCCUGAUGAAGACUUUGCUGACCGAUGUCUAUGACCAUGUGGCCACAGAGGUGGAGAAUUUGAGCCAGAAGAAUGAGCUGUCCAACAUCAGCGGCACAGAUGUGCAAGCUGCCUUGAAGGAAGCCAUGACAAAGGAAUUGGCCAAGCACUCGGCCGAGUCCACUAGCACUGAAUGUGCUUAGAGAAGCCUCCUCCCUUCUCCCUCAGGGAGCCAAAGGGAGAAGACCAAAGAUCUUAAAAAAUAUCCUAGAGACUUUAAAAUAUUUUGCUGCCUUAGGAAAUCCACUGAAUCCUGUAACCCAUCACUGUCUAAGAUGCCCAUCUUCAAUCAUCUUCAUAGGCAACACAAACACCACAAUUAUGGUGAUUGCCAGCAAAUUCUCCUCAUUGUUGAAUGGAAUCAGCUGAGCAGAAAGACCACUGCUUUGGACAAACAGAUGUGGAAG